AUGUUUAAAAAAUUUAUUUUGUCAAUUGCUCUAUGCCUUUUGUUGACCUUUAAUUGGGUCAACGGAGUCAGCACGGGAUCUAUCCAAUUAAAAAAUAAUGCGAUUAAUAUGACACUGUCGUUGCCUACUACUACCUCUAUGAGAUGGACGAUAACUACUACAAAUGCUCAAUGGGUUGCCAUUGGCUUUGGAUCAUCCAUGACUAGCUGCGAUAUGAUUACAAUCCAAAACGGAGGGAGUUGGACAGUUACAGAUAGGUAUUCAACAGGACAGUCUAUGCCAGCUGCAGACACGACUAACCACGUGACAGGUUUCAGUGUGGCUACUUCUGGAAGCACUAAUACUUAUACCUUUGACAGAUUACUCAACACUGGAGAUUCCCAAGAUUUCAUUGUUGCUGACGGAACCGUAAAUAUGAUCUAUGCAUAUGGAACAGGAGCGUCUUUUAGUCAGCAUUCAGCCGGAUCUUACGGAGGUUUCACCUUCAAUGUAACCUCGGCUACCAGAGAUGUCGCCUUUGGAUCAGAAGGAGGCGUCUCUGUUGAUACAGAGCAAACACUUAUCCAUGGACUCUUGAAUUAUAUUGCAUGGGGCUGGUUCUCUUUCUUCUUGAUUGUAACAGGGAGAUACUCUAAAUACUUCUUUUCAUUCAGAAUAAUGCUGCAUCUCUUCAUUGGUAUCUUAGCUUUGAUCUUCACUCUGAUUGCUGUGAUAGGAUACGGAGAAGGUGGAAGAAAGAGACCAUCUUUGAACUCAAUGGGGGACGAGCAUAAAAGUAUUGCAAGCGUAGUCAAUGCUUGGACUAUCAUUGUUUGCGUCUUUGGUAGCUCAAUGAGAGUCUGAUCUAUCUUCCUUGGAAGGUUCUGCUUCCUUACGUAUUACCUAUGGUAUGUCCAUGUAAUUCUUGGGAUUCUUCUGAUUGUAUAUUCUCAAUUUGCUAUUUUAUCUGGACUAUUUCUGUACGAUUCUCCAAUAACUUACUUGUUCUAUAUCCACCUGGGUUUGAUCAUUAUCAUGCUCAUUAUCUGAGAGGUGUUCUGGCAACUGAACAAGCAUUGGAAGUAUACCAGCAUUGACGAGAUCGAGCGUAAGGGCUUACCUGAGAUGACUAUGGAAGAAGUUCAAAACUCCAAAAGAAAAUUGGCCAUCUUUGAUCAAUAUGUUAUUGACUUUGGAAUGUAUCUAUAUGACCAUCCAGGAGGAAAAUAUGUCUUGGAAGAAUGUAGAGGAAAGGAAAUCGGAAAAUACUUCUAUGGAGCCUACUCUCUUGAUGAUAAUAUUAAAGUUCAUAAGCAUUCAUUCGUUGCAGGUAAAAUUAUGAAAAAGAUCGCUAUUGCUAAAUUAAAACUUCCAAUGGAUAUUGAUAACAUGGUGACAUUUGGAGGAGAAGGAAAAGGAGACGGCAGGGAUCACUCUCAUGAACUCUAUAAUGGACAUUUUAAAGUCACCAGAAAGGAUGAGAUCUUCAAAGGAGUCUACAGAGUGACUUUUAGCAAUGAGAAUAAUCAUUACAAAAUAGUUUUGCCUGGUACAAGUACUUUUGGAAGACACUAUCUAAUUCAUUCUGAGUCUCAAAAAGUAUCAAGAUACUACACAAUAUGUAACUCCAUGAACUCAGAGAUUUACCCUGUCUAUAUAAACAACAUUGAUAGAUUAAUUGGUAAUAGCAGAGACGAAAAACUCUCUUUAGAUAACGUAGAUGAUAUCACGGAAAGUCUCCAACUCAUCAUUAAAUUUUACGACGAAUCUAGAAGAGGUCUUACUAGGCUGUUGGCUAACGUUCAGGAUGAAGAUGAGUUCCUAGUCUCUAAACCAAUGGGGAAGGGACUUGAUCUCAGUGCUGACAGCAUCACAGGAACUAAUCUUGUAUUCCUUGGUGGAACUGGAGUGCUGCCAUUUUUGGACUUCUUUGUAUUUCUUGCAAGAAUGAUAAUAAGCGAAAAAUCUCCAUCUGAUAAGAUCAUCAAUAAUGAAGAGUUUGAACCAUUCUUUAAGCACAGUAGUUUCAAAGUGUAUGCUUAUUACCCAAAUGCUAAUGAAGCAGUGGCUCUUGAUCUCUUAGUAAAGAUCUCAGAUCUCUUCACUCAUUUCAAAGAGGAAGAAAGGUUCAGUUUCACUCCAGUCUUCACUAGACAAGGCGGGGAUAGGCUGAACGAUCAAAAGAUCUACGAGUUUCUCGACCAAGCGAGCCGUGCAUCCGACCUGAAGAACGUCUGGGUGUGUGGCCCUCCCAAGAUGAACAAUAUGUUCCAAAGACUUAGAAAGACCAUCGAAAGAAAAUACGAAGGAUCUGCAGUCGACAUCAUGUAAUUAUG